AUGUUUUGGGAUAAAAACGAGUACAACAACUGUUGCCAGGACUUGGAUCACCUGCAGAAGGUCACAAGCCAGGCGCCCAUAGUUAUUCAGGGCCUACAGUUGGAGUAUGGCCAGGCAUCUUUUAAGUUGCUUCUUCUGCUGCUGCGCGUUCUAGACAUGCCUCGAGUAGAAAUACAUCUGUACGGCCAUCUCCGGCUAGACGAAAGUCUUCAGACCGAGCAGAUACUAGAUGGCAUAGAUUACCUACUCAACGGCCUCCCAGAAAACAUAAGUGCCCGAAAGACUCUUUUACAAAUACAUACGACAAAUACCAUCGAGUACUGGAGAGAUAUUCUCAAAUUAGUCAUCCAAGCGUACAGCAGGUUAGACCUUAAGAAAGUAUCCUGUUAA